AUGCCUUCUACUACUGUUCUGAUUAGCGGUGCCAACAGGGGCCUGGGUAAAGGACUCCUCGAACGCUAUGCUGCCAAAGAGAACCAUACCAUCAUCGCCGCCAACCGUGAUCCAAAACACCCAACAUCUAAAUGCCUUCAUAACAUAUCAACCGGUCCGGGAAGUCGUAUUAUCGUCGUCAAGCUUGAUGCGUCGAUUGAGUCAGAUGCCGACGCAGCUGUUGAGGAACUCUCUUCUACCCACGGGAUCGAUCACCUAGACCUCGUUAUUGCCAAUGCCGGAAUUGCCAACGUAUAUCCCACUGUCUCGCAGCUCAAGGCUUCUGACUUACUAAGCCACAUGACCACAAAUGUGUUGGGGCUCGUUUGGCUGUUCCAGGCUACCACGCCAUUGUUGCGAAAAUCUACGAACCCUAAGUGGGUGACUAUGGGUUCCGGCGCGGCAUUGCUCGAGGUAAGUUGUCGGAACAUGGUUCCCAUUUCGAACGCUGCGUACGCGCCGACUAAAACCAUGGCACAUUGGAUGACCAAAAAGAUAGAUCAAGAAGAGGAAUGGCUGUUGGCAUUGAUCGCCCUUCCCGGCUGGGUGCAGACCGACUUGGGCAACGCCAGCGCCCGCUUCCAAGGCAUUGACCAGGCUCCCGUCACAGUCGACCAGUCCUGCGAUGGUGUCGUACAGGUGAUCGACAUUGCCACAAAGAAGACUCAUGGAGGGAGGAUGUGGAACUAUGAUGGAAAGCAGCAGUCUUGGUAG